AAGAAUUGCUGUACGUAAAAAUGUACAGUAAAUUCGUUGUGUUUUAUACGCUAGUGUUUUAUUUAAAAUCCGCAUUGUCUGGUGUUAACAUUGACAAUGGUUUAAAUCUUAGGAACACACAACAAAUGUAUUUGAAUAACCAAAAUAAGCAAAAUGGCCAGAAUACAAAUAGACCUUUGGAUCUAUCCCGUGCUGCUAGAAAUAAUCACCAGGAAGAAAUUUUACGUGAACAGCAUCAGAAUAUAAAAGUUCCAUCUGUUAACCCAUUAUUUCGACAACCAAUAAGUAAAAUUCGAAAUCAAUUUCCAAAUGAACAUGUAUUAUUACCAAAUAAAAGGGUUGACAAUAUUUAUAAUACUGGAAAUCAAUUCGCAGUGACUUCGACAAGGAAUGAUAACGAAUUUAAAAACAAUAUAGUACAUCCACAACAAAAUAAUUUGAAGCGAGAAGACAAUGGACAAAGUAAUCACCCAGAGAACUUUAACGUGAUACCUGUUAGGCCUACAGUAGAACAUAAAAAUAUAGUAAGAUCUACAACAGGUCUAUUUGAAAACAAAAAUAGGAAAAUUUUAAUGCCCUCAACGAUACAGCCUGUGUCCAGAGUACCAGAUAUUGACGUUAACAAUGCACUUUUAAAUAAAUUAACGCCCCAAAGAAAUAACAUCCAAAGAUCUGUUACAAACGAUGCCUUUGACCGUCAAAAACCAAUGAUUAAUCACCAAAAUGUAUAUAGUCAUCAAGAAAAUAUACAGCCACAUCGAACGUUACAGAAUCCCAGAAAUAAUAUACAAACAAGUCAUUCCCCUCAACAUAAACGUUUUGCUGUAAUUCACGACAAUGGAUCCGUCGAAUAUUUUGAUAACUUAGAAAUUAUUAUAAGAAAGUAUCCCCAUGUAAGGAUGGCAGAAAAUAUUCGCAACCUAAUUCCAAAUCUAAAUCCUAAUACUCCUCUAUCCAAACCCUUGGCACAUAACUCUGAUUCCAAUGCAAAUAUAAAAAACAAUCUGCCGUUAGGACAACAUCAAAAUCUACCAAAUAAAAAUGUACCACCGAAAACGCACACAUUAAAAAACACUGUAAAACCAAAAAUAGAAACUAUUAUCAAGAAGAAAGAUAUUACAGUAAUGAACAAAUCAAAUGAUAAUUCUGGAACACUGCAGACAACGAUAUUACCAACUAAACUAGAUAAUAAAAAAUCAGAGCACCUUAAAUCUUUAACCAAGGAAUCUAUGAAACCUUCAAAUAAUACUCGAAUUGCACCAAUGAAUUUGCAGGAAAAUAAAAAGGAGAAUAUCGUAAGGAAUGUAACAACGGCUGAAAAUUCAAUAAAUAUUGUUCCAAAGCAAUCCAGUGAUGUUUCUAGCAAGAACAAAACAACGCCGCUUGAUGGUAAUAAGCAAAAACCACCAAUUGAUGUGAUAUUAAACAAUGAUCAAACAAUACCAUAUCAAGAAAAUAAAAUUAACGUUUCACCAGUGAUUUCCAAUAAUAACAAUGAACAUUCUGAAAAUGUAACUAAACUUGAAAAAGAGGAUUUACAUUUAAACAAUUCUGAAGAAGUAAUAUCUCCUAUAGUUGUACAAAGUAAAACUAACAACAGCACUGUUCAUACACAGGAAAAUAAACCAGAAAUUUUAAAAAUAUCUUCUUCUAAUAAUGGCACGGUAGAUAAAAGUAAUGAAACACAAUUUAAUUGUACGAAACAAAAUAGAGUUAAAAACAAGAUAAAAACACAAAACCUUACUGUAAUAAACCAGAAAGACAAUAAGGAAACGGAUGACGAUUAUGAUGAAGAUUUGGUGUCCCUUGGCGAGCCACUAAUGUGGUUUAGUUCAACAGAUCCUGAGUUUUGGAAGAAACUUGUUAGUGUUGAUGGAAACCCUAAUUUUAUUUACAUCAUCAACGUUCAGUCUCAGCCUAAAAUUGAAAAAGACAGAAAAACUAUAAUACAUGCAAAUGGAACCACUGUUGAGGAGAUAAAAGAAACAAUCUGGGAUGCAGGAGAUGAUGAGCCACCGAAAAUUACCAAAACUAUAAAAGUGACUCCCGCAAACGAUGUUUUGGAUGGAACUUAAAGUUAAAUCUUUUUUAA